AUGACUAAUUUUAGUAGUAGUAGUAAUGAGGAGGAGGAGGAGGAAGAGUCUAGUGUGAUUGAUUAUCUACUAUCUACUAUCUAUUUCGACGUUUUAAUGACAUCUAUAGGUGGUAAUGCAAGUCACCUGAGGCAGCUACAAUUAGAUGCUGUUAGAAAGAAAACAAUCAAAAAGUAUCUCUUUAAAAAGGUCAAAGAUGAUAGAGAGAUUGAAGCAAUCGAACUAAAGAAACAAGCAGACAAUGCUUCUCAAAAGGCUGCAUUGACAGUCAAAGAAGAACAAGUCAAAGAUGAAGAUAAAAAGAUCGAUAUCACAACAAUCGAUCCUAUAAAAGAAGAAAACAUUCUAAAAGAUUUAGAAGAACAAAAGACAAUAAUGGCUGAAAAGAUAUCAAAUUUAGAAUCAAAGUUGGAAGAUAUGAAUACGAGCAAGGUAGCACUAUUUAAUCUUUUAAAAUUGAUAUUAAACGAAGAAGAGAAAAAACAACAAGCAGAACAACUGAGACUCAUCGAGAUCAAGAAACAACAGGAAGAACAAAUGAGAAUGCAACAGAAAUUGACUCUUCAACAAAAUGGUGGUGUUGCUAGUACAAUGAUGAAUGGUAUGGGUGGAGGUGGAAAUAACAACAACUAUGGACAACAGCAACAACCGCUGCAUGGUCAAAGUGGUCCACCAAAUAUGCACUUUCACCAACACCAUCAAAAUAAUAUGAACUAUAGACAACAACAACUUAAUCAUCAUUAUCAAAUGAAUGGUAGUACAAAUAAUAAUAAUAGUAAUGGUAGUGGAGGAGGAUUCCAACAACAAUCUCCUCAAAUGAAUUAUCAACAACAGCCACCUCAACAACAACAACAACCACAUCAACAACCACAUCAAUCCCAUCAUCAUCAGCAACCCUACUAUUCAAAUCAACAACAACAACAACCACAACAACCAUAUCAAAAUUCACCUCAACCAUAUUACAAUCAAAACCAAAACCAACAACCACCUUCUUCACAUCCACCACAACCUGCAGCUGCAGCUGCUGUUCCUCCUCCACCACCAUCACAACAACAACAACAACCUCAUCAAUCACCUCAUCAAAACUUGCCACCUCCAAUGGCGCCAUCAGCCUCUUUCCAAAGCCCAGUUUCUCCGGCCAACCAUCCCAACUCUAGUCCAUUUUUCAAGGGUAACAACUUAUUUUUCUCAAGUAAUGGAAAUGGUAGUAAUUUGAUUCCAAACAACAACAAUAAUCAACCAUAUGAACAACAACAAAAUGAACCUAGUACGCAACCACCUCCACCACACCAACAACCAGGAUAUCACCAACAACAACCAAAUAAUUAUUACAAUUCACCUUCAUCUCCAUCCCCACAUCAACCACAAAACGAAGGAAAUUAUUAUCGAUCACCAAUGCACCAUGGUAAUAAUAAUCCAAAUAAUCAAAAUAAUAAUAAUAAUAAUAACCCAAGAUUUAGUGAAAGAGAUGCACCAUACUCUAGGGAUAAAUAUUACAAUAACAAUCAAAAUAAUCAAAAUAAUCAAAAUAAUAAUAAUCCCAGUGGAUAUGAUAACAGAGAUAAUAGAAAUGUAGGAGAUAUGCGUGACAGUAGAGAUAGAGAUAAUAAUAAUAAUAAUAGGGAAAAUAGAUAUAUAAAUAAUAACAAUAAUAACAAUAGAGAUAGAUUUAACAACUAUGAUAAUAACAAUAACAAUAAUAAUAAUAAUAAUAAUGCUAAUAAUGAUUAUGGUGAUAGAUACCAUUCUGGUGGAUAUAGAAAUAAUAAUCAAAGAGGUGGAGGGAAUAAUAAUAAUAGCGGUCCAAUAAGACAUCAUGGAAAUCAUUGGAAAUAA